AUAAUACUACUGAAGCAGCUGUAUUUUCAAUGUCAGGCUGGAUGAAGGCAAUCAAACACAAAUUAAUAAAUACUUUGCCUACAAUGAGAGACUUUCUAGAGACGAAAACCUCGAAAUCAUCGGUAACAAUUUGAGAAUCUUCCUGUCUUUAGGCCACAGAUAAGUUACAGACAACAACUAUACUAUGUGUUAAAAGAAGAGCAUAGGGAUAAUCAGCAUAUAGAAGAAAAAGAUUGUUUGAUUAUAUAAUUACAUACUUCGGAAUUCCGAAUAUGCGCUUAGGUAACUUCCCGAGAUGCUUGCUUGGAUUCACCACAUGACCUUUUCCUUACAGAAUCUUCAUCAAUUUAUUUCCUGUCUGAAAACUCAUUCCAGGGUUGAUUUUCAUUUCCUUUAGCCAACCCGUAGCCUGUUAUUUCGAUUUCUGAAGUCUGUCAGGAUUAGCGUAUUCUGUCAGGAUUUCGGUUCAGGAUUUGUACAUAGUAUAUAAUUUGGCCUGCUUUAGCUAUUUAAGUUAUUAAAAUUGUAAUUUCAGGUUUUUCACUAAAGAAAACUCAUGGCAGAAGAAAAUCAAGCUCAAAGAGUAGUGGUGAUCCAAGAUGCAUCGAGGGAUGUUAGUCCGAGCGCAAUCCGAUGGAUACUUGAAAACUUGUCGUUUAAGCCUGGAGAUGUUCUUAUACUCUUUGGAAUUCUUCAUCAGGUUAAUAACCCUAGUACGUUAUCUUUCAUGGGAGCUGGAAAACUGAUGGGAUACAAGGUGAAGGUCGAUUCGAGUUCAAUGUUCGGAGUGAAUCCGAAAUACAUUGCAGAAGAAGUUGCUAGGAAGAAAGAAGAAUACGCUACCAAUGUGGAAAUCAAGAAAAUUGCUGAGCACUGUGAAGUGGAACAGAUUAAGUUCCAAGUAGAUGUACGAGCCGGAGCUAUUCCAAAGGUUGUGGCUGUAAAAGCUGCGAAAAGUUUAAGCGCAACUUGGGUAGUACUUGACAGGCACAUGAAGAGAGACAAGAAAUACUUCUUGGAUAAGCUGCAAUGCGGAGUAUCGAGGAUAAAGCGCGACAACACUGUUGAAACGUUGAGAGGUGCAAAAGCCAGAGUGAUCAUAAUAUCACCCCCAGAGAAAAGCCUUCAGACCAAAAGUGUUGUUAGAUACGAUGAAAUGAUACCGGGAAGCCCCAGGACCAGAGACUCGUCCCAGAGUGUCGCGACAGGCAAACAAAUACUGGUUGAUAAUGGUGAAGAGAUUUCCGGCCAAAGCUAUAGCAAGUCGACUUCAUUGUCAAAAUCUUUAUCAAGUGAUCAAGUGAUGACAGCUUCUUCAUCAGCUUCAAAUCUGUGGAAUCUUGAAGCUUCGGGUUCAAGUUUAGCUGAGGCAAAGCAAUCCCCAUUUAAUUAUCAAGAGGAAGAGUACACCAACACGGAACGAGAAACUGCGGAAGAACAAUCCCCAGUUUCAAAUCCUGAGGGACAUGUAGGCAGUCAAAAGGAGGUUCGGACAGAAAGUCCAAAUGAACAAUUAAAGCAGAACAGAAACAGUAAUGAUUGGAUGGGAAGUGGUUCAACAGAUGAGAUGUUCAACAAUUCAAUAUGCUCGAUCUGUAAGAACAGGCGUCCGAGGAUUGGAUGGAAACGAGAUUUCACUUAUGCAGAGCUUCAUGCUGCUACUGAGGGAUUUUCUCCCAAGAAUUUCUUAUCCGAAGGCGGUUUCGGUUCUGUCUAUAGAGGAGAGAUUGGUGGGCUGAAAAUUGCUGUAAAGCAACACAAAAGUGCAAGUUUCCAAGGAGAGAAGGAAUUCAAAUCUGAAGUUAAUGUACUUAGCAAAGCUAGAAAUAAGAAUCUGGUGAUGCUGUUGGGAUCUUGUUCUGAAGGAAGUCACAGAUUGCUUGUUUAUGAGUAUGUCUGCAAUGGUUCACUAGACCAACAUCUGUCAAAACACUCCCGUAGGCCGCUCAGUUGGGAAAAAAGGAUGAAAAUUGCCUUAGGAGCUGCGAAAGGCCUGCAGUAUCUACAUGAAAACAGCAUUAUUCACAGAGAUAUGAGGCCAAACAACAUCCUUAUAACCCAUGAUCAUGAAGCACUGCUUGGAGAUUUUGGACUUGCAAGAACUCAGCAUGAUGGUUCAGAUCAUUCCUGGGAGACAAGAGUUGUUGGAACUCUGGGAUACUUGGCACCUGAAUACGCAGAAUGUGGGAAAGUGUCGACUAAAACAGACGUUUAUUCUUUUGGCGUUUUGCUAUUGCAGAUGAUAACUGGACUUAAGACUACAGACAAGAUGCUUGGAGGAAAAAGUCUUGUCGGAUGGGCAAGGCCACUGUUAAAAGAAAGGAAUUAUCCUGAUCUUAUUGACCCUAGGAUCUUGGACUCCCAUGAUGUUCAUCAGCUUUUUUGGAUGGUUCGCGUUGCAGAAAAAUGUCUCAGCCGGGAUCCUCAUAAGAGAUUAACCAUGGUCAAGGUGGUGUAUGCCUUGAAAAAUAUAAUGGAAAGUGACACUGUAUGUGAUUUAGAAGAUUGCUCCCCAGCACCAUCAAAUUCACCAAGUAGCACACAGGAGUCUUAUGAUUCACCAUAUGAUGAUUCAGUUAACAGCACGAGUCAAAUCAAUUUAAGGCAACCACCGUCACCUCCGACAGGAUUUCAGGUAUCUCCGCCGCCGCCAAUACUAGCCAGUAGCCAUUUUUAUAAAAGGAGCACUGGCACUCUAUGGUAAGAUUGUCAUUUCUAGUGCUCUUUAUGGUAAGAUUGUCGAUGCAGCUUAAUUGUCGUCUUCUUAUUCCCAGUCUUUCUCUAAUCAACUCUUCUUUUUUCUGGGGUUGAAUUUCAUGAAUGUUUACAAUUUACAAGCUCUAUACUGUAAUUCGCAAAACUGGAUUUAAU